UAAUCUCUCUUUUACUUUCUGCAGCCAAACCGUCCCGAUAUUUUAUAGUACUUGUUAAUAUUGUGCAGUUGGGAGCAAUAAGAUGACGAAGCUAGAAAGCAUUCUCCUAAUGGUUUCUCUUUCACUCUCACCUAUGGUUCUGAUUAUCAGCAAAGAUGAUCAGUUCCACUACUCAUCCUCCAAACAAGGGUGGCGGUGGUGGUGAUGAUGUAGCAAUGAGUGAGGGUGGUACUAGUAGUGAUUCUUCUUUCUCAAAACUAAUAAAGAGAAAAUUAGAGGGACCUGAAACCAUUUUCGAAACUCCUUCCAAGAAAAUAAAAUUGAAUGCUAGCCAGGAUGUGGUGAACUCUAUAUACCGACUAUCUAAUGCACCUCAUCGUCGGUCUGUUUGCAUAAUUUCUGCGAACAGUUCUGUAUCAAAGCUUGUCCUUCGUACUCCAAAUGUUCCUUUCCUGCGCCAGAUUAUCCACAAGCAUGACACCAACAUUACAAGCCUAGUAUAAACUGCUUAAUUCCUUGUAAUUUUGAUAAGGCUUCUCUCAUGGUCCACCUAUCUUUGGGAUGAUGUGCUACACAUGACAAGCCGAUUUUCAUUGCAGAAGCUAUG